CUUCACUAAUAUUCUUAUUUUCUUCCGCUCUCACCACCACCUAUACUUCUUACUUGUGUCUACUUCUGAUUCGAAAAACCAUCAAGUGAUUCAGAAAGUCUCUCAUGGCUAUGCUUCUCAUUCACACAAUCUCAUUAUCACUACUCAUUUUCUCAUCAUCUUUCACUCUCACAACAUCUCAGUCCAGCGUGUGCAGAACAUCCUGCGGGGACAUCCCCAUCAAGUACCCCUUCGGCAUCGACGACGGAUGCGGAAGCCCAUACUACAGACACCUUUUUGCAUGUUCCAACUCGGGAAAACUCGAACUCAGAACCCCUUCGGGAAGAUACCCGGUUCGCAACGUUAGCUACGCUGAUCCACACGUUGUGCUGACCGAUCCCUUCAUGUGGAGCUGCGAGGAUGGUGAGAGGUUUCGUCCCACCAGACCCUUCAGCUUGGAUAGCAGCACCCACUUCAAGCUCUCUCCUCAGAACGAGUACAUGUUCUUCAACUGCAGUGAGGACAACGUCAUCAUUCAGCCCAAGCCCAUGUUCUGCGAGCACUUCCCUGAACACUGUGACUCUUCCUGUGACAGUGCUAGCUAUCUGUGCAGACACUUGCCUGGGUGCUCCUUUGCGCUCCCUCGCAGUACUUGUUGUUCGUACUAUCCCAAAGCCACCGAGUCUCUUAGGUUGAUGCUUAAGUAUUGCACCAGUUACGCUAGCGUUUAUUGGAAGAACGUCGGUGCUCCUAUGUCUGAUGAUCAGGUUCCGGAAUAUGGUAUCAGAAUUGAUUUUGAUAUACCUGUUACAACGCGCUGCCUUCAGUGCCAGGAUCCGUUGAAAGGAGCUGGGAUUUGUGGAUUUGACACGCGGAACCAGAGUUUCACGUGUCUUUGUAAGGAUGGAAACUCCACAACUCAUUGCAAAGAUUUUGACAUUGCAAGGCACAAUAAGAGGGUCCAUGUAAUAGCAGGGACAGUUACGGGCGUUUCCGUUGCCAGUGCAUUUGGAAUUGGAGCUGCUGUUUGGUACUUGAAGAAAGUGAGAGCUAAAGCACCAGUCACAUGUGGUGUCCAAAGCAACGAAAAUAGGCUAUUCUGAAGAACACCAAAUGAUGUGAACCACACACAAAUCUUUCUUUUGUUACUUUUUCAUUGUGUUUAUUUAUUUAUAUAUACCACAAUGAUACAGUCAUAGAGUUGGGUCCCAAUUUUUCCGAAUU